AUGUGGGCUCCCAUCAUCCUUAGCUGCGUGUUCUACACCAUGAUGACAGUGGCACAACCGAGAUACCUGAUUGUCAUCCCAGCCGAACUGACCUUCCCAUCUGUCCAGAGGGUGUGCUUGGACCUGAGAGGGGUGGAGAAGCCCAUUCGAGUGGCCUUGACUCUUGUGCAUGCGUCCAGGAGCCUUGUCCUCUUCCGAAGGGUCAUCCGGAACAACAGGAUCUUGGAAUGCUCCAAGUUUUGGGUCCCAUCUCCAGCUGGGGGCCGGGAGGAGGUUUGCACCGUCCAGCUGACCAUCUCCAACGGCCGCUACUUCAAUGUGAAGGAGGAGAAGAAGGUCCUGAUCCGCAGGGGUGACAGCAGCACCUUCGUCCAGACGGACAAACCCAUUUACACGCCAGGGCAGAAAGUGAAGUUUCGGAUUUUGACUCUGAAUGAGAAGUUUGUUCCCCUUAACAGCAAGGUAAGGCAUAUUCAAGUGGACAAAGGGAAGUUUCCUGACUCCACAUCCCUCACCCCCCUCCAGUCACCUGGUCCCUGGCAAUUCCAAGUCAUGUCUGUCUCUUUCCCCAUGAAUGUAGACAAGGUCUAA